UAUCUGCUUUACAGAAAUGGAAACUGCAUUGCAGUUUCCGUUUCCUGCAAUGCAGUGUGUUAUCUGCUUUACAGAAAUGGAAACUGCAUUGCAGUUUCUGUUUUAUCGAAUGAAGUUUCUAAUUAGUUUCCUUUCAAUCUGCAGUUAACACAAGAGGCAUCUCAGCCCGAUGCCACAAAUCCAAUUCCUGACCCCCCUAAAGGAACGAGCCUUCAUGAUUCAAUACCUGUGGAUCUACAACAAUCAAGUGAUGAAGAUGAAGGACAAAAAAAGCAAACAAAGAAAAAACUAGGAUGGGGUCAGAAAAAGGUGUGGCAGAAAAUUCCAAAGCCGGACAGGGAAAGAAUUGAAAAACACUACUUAAGCACUCAACUUCGUGAUAUCUUUUGGGCAGGACUCAAUGAUGAGAAAGUGACAAACCAUGAUCUCAAAGAUAUUGUAUGGGACCUGGAACUGUCACAAAACGUUAUUGAGGCCUAUAUCCAAAUAGAGGAGGAUAAAAUAGAGCCCAUGCAGACAGAGAGUCCACAGUACAUGUCCACAUGGACUUGGGCUUACAUGCAAAGCUUCCUAGAGCCAUCUUGGCACAGGUUCCUGUAUGAACCCUUACUUGAAAAACUCGGGAAAUGCAAUGUUCUUUUCUUCCCAAUUAUUUCACAAGAAGAGUUCCACUUCACACUUCUCACAUUUCACAAAAAUGAACGAAAGUGGAGACACUACAAUCCACUUAGAUCGUUGGGACGUAGAAAAGAAGAAAGGUGCAUUGACAUUGCUCGAAACUUUGUUAAUAUUGUUGAAGGGUGGCUAGAAUAUAUAAGACCUCAAGCACGAGUGUUCAUAGAAACAAAAAAAAAACCAACACUUGUGAAGCAAAAGGAAGGGCCCCCAACACUUGUACAAAAAGAUUUGACUCCAAAUGAAGAACUCACUCUCAAAUGGAUUAUGCAAAAUCCAUUGCAGUUUCCAUUUGAGGAUGACAUGGAAUGUGCUCAACAAAGUGCAUCUUCAUUGGAUUGCGGCAUGUUCGUCAUGUUCUAUAUGGAUAAAAUAGCACAAGGACAGCCCAUUCCAAAAAGCGUGGACAAGAAAUUCAUGAAUGAAUAUCGAGCACAAUAUGUCACAAAACUCCUACACCACAAAAACUGUGUAAUUAAUCGUCUCUAGUGAUUUGCCUUUCGUUAACUCAAGACAAUAUGUAUCUUAAUUCUUGUGGAUGUUUGUAAAUAUUUCUAGUUAUGGUAUAUGAGAACAUAUUUCCUAUA